AUGGCACGAUUGUCAGCAAUGAUGGAUCAGUCUGCAAUGCCUACGAUUUUCUUUCAUCAAAAAACAUUUGGACAAAAUAUUCAAUUAGAUAAUAAUGCAUUAAAAGCAAUUCGACAUACAUCAUUUGACAACGGUAUUACAUUUACAAAUAAACAAAUUAAAAUGAAUGAACAUGUACAUAUGAAAAUUGUUGAUAUUGAUGAAAGUGGUCAAUGGUUAGGAUCAUUAGCAAUUGGUUUUAUUCAAAUUGAUCCAGGUUCAAUUCAAAGACAUGAAUUAUAUAAAUCUGCAAUACCAAGUAUUUGUCAAAAGACUGGAGUAUCUUAUGUUAAACGUAUUUUUGAAAGAUUAACAAGACAAACUGUGAUCACAUUUUAUUAUAAUCAAGAAGGAGCUUUUUAUAUAUUGGAUGGAAAAGAACAAGAAAUUUGCAAGAAUAUUGAUGUACAAAGCCCAAUGUGGGGUGCCGUUUUGAUCACUCCGCCGAAAACAAUUGCUGAUAGCAGAACAUUUUUUAUCAAAUAUGAUCAAAAACCAGAUAAACUACCAAUUCAAUAUUUUACUCAUUUAAAACCUACAAAUCUACAAUCUGUUGUUUUUCAUGAUGUUCAUGGGCCUGAACUUGAUUUAUAUUGUCAAAAUAAAGUUGUUUUUCGAAAAAAUGUUCGAAGACUAUCACGACCAUAUCUAUUUAUUAAUUUUCCAAUGAGACCUGAUGAUGAACUUUAUAUACGUAUUUUAUCCGUUGAUUUGAACUAUCGAACACCAGGAGUUAUUGGCUUUACAACUGCUGAACCAUCAAAUGUUGUUAAAAAUAUUGAUAAACUACCAGCUGAUGAUCCAAUGGGUUUAUAUGAUCGUCCUGAAUUUUGGAUUAUAAACGAAGAUGGAUUUGAUGAAAGCUUAAGUGAACUUGAUGAAUAUCGUUUUGUAUAUGAUCGAAAUGGUGAAAUUCGUAUGUGGCGUAAUAAUGAAUCAAUCGUACCAACAAGAACCGUAGCAUUUGCUGAUCCAAGUCAAGCAUUUUAUCCGUUCUUUUUUCUCAAUGGUCGUAUAAUGGCUUUGUCUUUAAUUGGCCUUGUUUCAUCUACUAAAAUAGUACCGGUUCAGCCCACACCGAAAAAGAAAGAUGAUGAUGCUGGUUUAUGUCAGUUAUGUUUAGAUACUCCAGCAAACUGUGCUAUGAUUCCGUGUGGUCAUAUUUUCUUUUGUUCUGACUGUAAAAGUCAAUUUGAAGGAAAAUCAAAACUUUGUCCAAUUUGUCGAGCAGAAAUUAAAAACAUAUUUGAAAUUGAAAGUGAUUAA